AUGGUCGAGCAAGCCAAUAUUGUGGGUAGCAAGUUAGCAGAGAAGGCUCUAAAUGCUUUAAUUGUGAAAUGUAAAGAGAGCACAUCUUUACAAAAUGAUAAAGACAUCCACAUAAUCAUUAAUAUGGGGAAAAAAAUGGGUAUAAAGAGAGAUAACAUUCCCCGUAUCAUUCCAUUGACUAAAUGCAAGCUAUUCAAGCCAAGAGAUCUAAACAUAUUGCUCAUCGUGAAAGACCCCUCCACUUUGUAUAGGGAGACUUUGACAAAAGAUGAGCACACAUCAGAAUUAUUCAAGGAAAUCAUAAGUGUCAAGAAUUUGAAGCGUAGAUUCAGAGGCAAUAAGCUGACCCAACUCUAUAAGGAUUUUGACUUGGUUGUUGCUGAUUACAGAGUCCACCACUUACUCCCGGAAGUUCUUGGCAACAGGUUUUAUCACGGUAGUAAAAAGUUACCAUAUAUGAUUCGCAUGUCUAAAGAAGUUAAGUUGAAACGCAAGCAAAUGGUCGAAAAAUGUGACCCCAUUUAUGUGAGAGCGCAACUAAGAAGUAUAUGUAAGAAUACUUCAUAUAUUCCCAACGAUGACAAUUGUUUAAACAUAAGAGUUGGGCACAUCCAAAAACAUCCCAUACCGGAAAUUUUACAGAACAUUCAAGAUACAGUCAACUUUCUUACCGAUAGAAGUAAGAGACCCCAAGGCGGCGUUAUUAAAGGCGGAAUAAUAUCUAUAUUUGUCAAGACCAGUAACAGUACUAGCUUACCCAUAUACCAAAUCUCAGAAGCCAAGGAAAAUGAUGAAAGGGAGAAUCUGAGUGAUAUAAGAUUAUAG